AUGCCAAAGCGAAAGGCGACAACCAAGCUAUCGGGCCUUGUCGGCUCCGACGAUGAGGAUGUCAUGCAGGUCAAUGGCACCGACAGCGGCCCCGACCCAGACACCGAACGUCCUGCUAAACGCGCGCGAGGAAGACCGGCUGCGAAAGCUACGGAAAGCAAGCUACCCCCGCCAAUGAAGACUCGCUCGGGGAAUUCUACUGUGCAGACUCAGGCGCAUGAAGUUCCUGCGAAGAAAAAGCGAGGGAGGCCAAAGGGCAGCGGAGGUCGUUCUUCGACGGACGGGGCAGAACAGGUGUCGGAAAAGGAGGAACCCAAACAAACAAAACGACAGAAUUCGAAAUCGCAAGAGAGGGAUGAUGAGGCUGGAUCGGAUGACGACCUACAAGUUGCGCAGGAUAAUGCUCCAAAGGCGACCAAGAAUGCGAAAGAUGUGAAACUUACAAAUGGCCGUGAUCGGGAGAAAGCCAGCAGCAAUGCGGAGAAGCUCAUCAAAUCUGAUGGUGAAUUUCAAUACACGCCAACCCCCCGCAAGACCAAGUCUCUUGACAAGCCCAAGCAGCGAACAGAGUCGCCCGUGAAACAGGAGAUGGAGGUUGAUGAAGCCGAUGAAACAGUUCCUGAGAGUCAAAAGACUGCUGCUGAUGUUGUCGAUGAGACAAUCAUUGAAGAGCCAGCACCUAGGCGCUCCUUAUCGCCAACGAAAUCCAUGUUCCACAGGUCUUCCAUUCCCCGUUUCUCCCUCUCUCCACAGAAACGAAGGUUGGAAGACGGGAAGACUAGCACAGAGCCGGAGCUGAGACGUAAAAUCGGUGACCUUACGAAGAAAUGCGAUACCUUGGAAAACAGGUAUCGUAACCUGAGAGAAAUAGGAAUUGUUGAAGCAAACAGCAACAUGGAGAAGCUACGAAAACAGUGUGAUGCAAUGACAAUUGCUUCCAAUGAUCUUAUUAGCUCUCUCAAGCAGGAACUCGAAGCGCAGAGGGCACUUGGCCAGCAAAGCCGCGCGCUCCAAAAACAAUUGAAGGACCGAGAUGCGGAAGUGGCUCAGUUCAAGUCACAAGCCGAAGAGGCGACUAGUCAACUUGCGGCCGCCCAGUCUGAAGUCAAGGCAUUGCAAACUAAACUCUCUGCUGCUCGAAACACGGCUGCAAGUCUCGAAAGUGCUGUAGUGAAGGUCCCGGGGAGCGCCAUCAAGGGUGGUGCUAACCGUGCCAAUGCUGCUGCGAGUGCGGAAGCUGCCCACGCAGCUCAGUACGCGCAGCUCAAGGAAGACCUUUACAGUGAUCUCACAGGCCUGAUCAUCCGGGACGUGAAGAGGAGAGAAGCUGACAGCCUAUACGAUUGUAUCCAAACCGGUAGCAACGGAACACUUCACUUCAAAUUGACCGUUCCUCAUGUGUCCUCUGCCAACUUUGAAUCAGCUGAAUUCCAAUAUAUACCCCUUUUGGAUGAGAACCGGGACCGUGACUUGGUUGCUAUCUUGCCCGAAUAUCUCACGGUGGACAUCACGUUCUCCCGUCAGCAGGCGUCAAAGUUCUAUACCCGAGUUAUUGAUACGCUCACCAAGCGACGGAAUAGCUCUUCUGCUUCUGCUUCUGGUUGA